CGGUGAGAAGGAGGUGUGGAGCGUCUGAGAGUCGGAGAAUGGAUUCCGCGAUGAGUUUAUCUCACUUGGAUGCUGACUGCUCUGGAACCCUGAGGGGAUUCCUGGAUGGAAAAGGAGCAGAAAGGAUUGUAUUGCUUCGGAAAUGCUUCUGAAGUCAACAGAAGUCAUUUAUCCAUCAUCACAGCUGGCUGCUGUCAGAACCUGCCUCACCGUGCAUCCAUUCUGUAUGUGGUUUUGAAGAACAUCUGGUCUAAACUCUGCAGUAAAAGAUUUACAGCUCCUCGAUGACUCGGUCUACAUAUCUGGACUUGAUCUCCUGUCUACACUGACUGCCCUCCCGCCACGUCACAACCAUGUCCGACGAGGAACAAAGAGCGAACAGGAGCGCAAAUGGGUUCCGACCAGGAACUGACCUCUGGCUCCCGGGGCUUCUGGGUAAUGUUUCACCCAAUGAUUCUGCAAACUCCAGCGAGGACGUAAACGUGCUGGGGGAGCCACGUGCCCUCGAGACUGUGCAGAAGAACUGGCUGUCUCUGUUGAUCCUGCUGGCCAUUGUCAUCACGGUGACUGGCAACAUCCUGGUCAUCAUGGCCGUGAGUCUGGAAAGGAAGCUGCAGAAUGCCACAAACUACUUCCUGAUGUCGCUGGCUAUCACGGACAUGCUGCUGGGCCUGCUGGUGAUGCCCGUCGCCAUGGUCACCAUACUCUACAAUUACACCUGGCCCUUCCCGUCUGCUCUGUGUCCUAUCUGGAUCUACCUGGACGUCCUGUUCUCCACGGCCUCCAUCAUGCACCUGUGUGCCAUCUCUCUGGACCGCUACGUCGCCAUCCGCAAUCCCAUCCAGCACAGCCGCACCAACUCCCGAGCCCGAGCCCGGGUCAAGAUCACAGCUGCGUGGACCAUCUCUGUGGGAAUCUCCAUGCCUGUUCCAGUUCUUGGCCUCCAUGAUCGCUCCAAAGUCUUCAGAGAUGGAAGCUGUCAGCUGACAGAUGACAGUUUUGUCCUGAUCGGUUCCUUCGUGGCGUUCUUCAUCCCCCUCGUCAUCAUGGUGGUGACGUACUUCCUGACCAUCAGCGCCCUGCAGAGCCAGGCCACACUGUGUCUGGACCAGCUCAUAGCACGUCCCAAGUGGCUGUCCAUGCUGGAUCUUCUCCCUCGAGGCUCUCUUUCCUCUGAGCGCUUAGUCUCUCGGACCUCGCUCUGCCCUGAAACUAUUGUUCCGUCUGCCAGGCCGUUCAUCCGCCGUACUGCACAGUCCAUCAGCAACGAGCAGAAGGCCUCCAAAGUCCUUGGUGUGGUCUUCUUCCUGUUCGUGGUCAUGUGGUGUCCAUUCUUCAUUACCAACGUCAUGGCGGUGGCGUGUGCCUCUUCAGCGUGUGACCCAGCACUCAUGACCGGCCUGCUUAACGUAUUUGUCUGGGUGGGAUACCUGUCUUCUGCAGUCAACCCGCUCGUCUACACGCUCUUCAACAAGACGUACCGUACAGCGUUCGCCCGCUACAUGCACUGCCGAUACCGUGAACAGAGCAGGUCGCUCCAGGUCAUCCUGGUCAACACAAUCCCGCCUUUGGCUUUCCACUCCUCCAAACUUCCACUUCAGGGAGAAGAUUCGUUAAGACAUUCGAAGGACGAAAGCAGAUUUGGGACAUCUUCCUACAUGAAUCAGGUAGAAUCUCUGAACAAGCAUGGGAGAGAUGAGAUGGUGAGUCACGUCUGAAAUCAAAAUGGUUCCAUUUAUUUUGUGGACAUAAAGAUUGCUCAGGCUUCAGGAAAAUAGUGCUACAGAUUCUCAAGGACUAAUACAAAGAACAUGCCAUCAAUAUAUCACACGAUUAAUAAUGCAAUUUUACGGUGGUGGUGGUGUUUUUGUUUAAAGUUGCUCCCAGUGGUGGGCUGCUCACUGCAGUGAUUUUCCCUUUUAAUGAAAAAAAAAAAAGUCUGGCUGGGAAACACAUUUGGAAAAUGAGACUUUUCCAGCUUAUUUGUUUAUUUAUUUAAACCUGUGCACCGAAAUUGUCUUUUGUGCAUUGCAAAUUUGAUAGCCAGCUUUCUGAGUUAUCCAUCCAAAUGAUUUCAUAAUCUGAUUUCUCAAGGGUUCAUGUUGAUUUUUUUUUUUUCCAGGAAGAACAGAAAGCUAAUUAGAAUAGUCCUUGUGUUGUGUGCUUUUACAAUCAUGGAUUCACAAUCCCAACAGAAAUUUAACAUUGGAAGAUUUCAAGGAUUUUACUGUACGGAUUGCAUUUUCCGUACCCUUGGAAACAAUACUUAAUGGUUUAUGAACUUUGUGUCAUAAUAAAUA